GUAAUAGACCAUGAACUAGAGAAAGAAGCAAAGCACAUAACGCCGACCCAUGUGUAAAACCUUCCAAAAUCCCACAAUCAAAUAUUCAAAUUAUUAUAGGAAAAAAAGUAAAGAAGUCACUCAAUCUUCACCAGGAAUUUCAACAAUUUAUUAUCCACCUCUUUCCCACAUUUGAGGCUUCAACUUCUUCCUCUGAUUUCCACCCUUUUCUUACCACUUUCCCAUCUUUUUUUUCCCACAAAAAAAGAUAACUUCUUUCUCUUCACUUUAAUAGGUAGUAAUUUCAUUGUUUGAUGGGCACACUCAUCUUGUAAUCUGCUCUUCAAUUGAGGGCAACCCAUUUGCAGUUUAUAAAUGGUUUUGCUCUCUGCUUGUGCAAGCCCUGAUUUUUUGCAAGUUACCCGGGUUUAUUUCCCUGUUUGCCCAUGUAAAGUGAAUAAAAUUAGUCCAAAAGGGUUGGUUGACUUGAAUGGAAAUUUGGGUUGUUGUUUCUCCUUGUUGGGGUUUUGUGGAAUUAAGAGGAGGAGGUGUUUUGGGGAGAAUUUGCAUAGAAAUUUGAGUAGGAAAUCCGGUUUUCGGGUUUAUGCCAUUUCUAGUGAUGGUGAGGGCACUAAUUUUAAUGUAGAACUAGCUAAUUCUACUAGGAGAGGAGCUAAAAGUAUUGUUCUAAGGCGGUUUUCGGAUGAAUUUGACAAUGAGGAUGCUAGUAAGGAUUUGUUGCAAGAAUCUACCCAAUUAGGUUCUAGGUUUACAAAUUUUGAGCAAGACCCGAUUGUGGAUAAGCUGAGGACUCAGCUAGGAGUGAUUCAUCCUAUUCCUUCACCUCCUAUAAACCGGACCGUUUUCAGCUUGUUUGUGUUCUUCUUCUUUGUUGGGGUUGUCUUUGACAAGGUAUGGACACGAUUAAAGAGGAAAAAAUCCGAAACUCAGCUUGCUCUGUGGCGGCAAACACCGUUGACCUUUUCAAUGUUUUUAGAGAAGGAUUUGCAGAGGAAGGAGUCAGUAGAAUGGGUGAACAUGGUGCUGGGGAAGUUGUGGAUGGUUUAUAGACCUGGUCUUGAAAAUUGGAUAGUCGGUUUGCUCCAACCUGUGAUUGACAAUAUUCCAAAACCAGAUUAUGUACAAAGAGUGGAGGUGAAGCAGUUCUCGAUGGGGGAUGAACCUCUGUCUGUUAGAAGUGUGGAACGCAGAACGUCUCGUCGUGUGAAUGACUUGCAGUACCAGAUCGGCCUUCGUUACACUGGUGGUGCUCGUAUGCUCUUAAUGCUCUCACUGAAGUUUGGAAUACUUCCCAUUGUUGUGCCAGUUAGUGUUCGGGAUUUUGAUAUUGAUGGGGAACUUUGGGUGAAACUACGGCUGAUACCCACAGAGCCUUGGGUUGGAGCUGUUUCAUGGGCCUUUGUUGACCUUCCGAAAGUAACAUUUAAGCUGUCACCAUUUCGCUUGUUCAAUUUAAUGGCAAUACCUGUCCUUUCAACCUUCUUGACAAAACUGCUGACUGAAGAUUUGCCAAGACUCUUUGUUCGCCCAAAGAAAAUUGUUUUAGACUUUCAGAAAGGGAAAGCUGUUGGCCCUGUGCCUGUCGAUUUUAAAUCUGGGGUUGCUCAAGAAAAAAAUAAAGAUUCUGUUGGAGAGCUAUCAGUUACUCUUGUUGAUGCUCGUAAUCUCUCAUAUAUUUUAUAUGGUAAGACAGAUCCAUAUGUUGUUUUACGUUUGGGAGAUCAAAAAAUACGCAGUAAAAAGAAUAGUCAAACCACUGUCAUAGGACCACCCGGUGAACCAAUUUGGAACCAGGAUUUCCAUAUGCUUGUCGCAGAUCCUCAAAAACAGAGAUUGUACGUUGAAGUUGUGGACUCUCUUGGCUUUGCAGAUAUGACAAUGGGUGUUGGAGAGGUUGAUUUAGGUACUCUCCAAGACACAGUUCCAACAGAUAAGAUCAUUCUCUUGACUGGAGGUUGGAAUUUGUUGAGAAAGAGAAAUUCUGGUGAAUUACUUAUCCGGUUGACAUAUAAAGCAUAUGUGGAAGAUGAAGAAGAGGAGGGGGCAAAAGCACAAAUAGCUGGUACCAUUUCAGAGGAUGAUGGCUCGGAUGCUGAUGAAGCUGAUCUUCUUUACAAGCAGAUGCCAGAGGGUUCUAUGAGAGAUAAAGAUAAAGAGUCGUUUAUGGAUGUUCUUGCCGCUUUAAUUGUUAGUGAGGAGUUUCAAGGUAUAGUUAAAUCCGAAACUGAGAAUCCAGAGGUCGGAGAUGAUGUUACUAGUGCAGGUACUGCUACUCCGGGGCCUCAAGACGUUGCAGAUGAAUCUGUUUCUUCUAUGGUGGAUGGCAGUGCAGAAAGUUCUAAAGGAUCGGCGUUAUUUUGGCUGGCUGUGAUUACCAGUAUUGCGGUUGUUAUUGCUCUGAAUGUUGGCGGGCCAAGUAUCUUUAAUCCCUGAUUUUUCUCCAGAAGCUGCAAAUAUUUUGUUUUUUCAUAAAGGCUGCAUUAUUCUGCAGACAAGCCGGAGGUGAUUCAUCUCGUAUCUCGGCCGCUAUGAAGCGUCUUUUUCUUUGACAGGCUACUGUUUAAGUGUUUAAGUUAUACAGAUCGAUGUAAUCCCAGCAGAGUUAAUAAUUCCUUUGGUUGGGGAGUUUUUGUGUCCCAUUAUCCCCUUGAUAGGCUUCCAAAUUGUAAAUACUUUAUACAUCUCUUUUCAUUCUUUCAUGUAACUUUGGCUUCUUUUAUAUAAACCACAGGUAGUUUAUAGAGAGACUCGUAUGGGAUAUGAUUUAUUA